GAAAGAGAAAUUCACACAGCUGAUCUUCAUUUAGUCAGAAAUUUAUUUUAAACCGGACUGCUCUGCUUUCGUCAUCACUUUUGUCAGCGAAAAAUGGAUUACUCUAAAACCCCAACAGUUGUUCCUUUCGGCGGAUUUGAUGCAAAUGCUGAUGCUGUUGCACUCAGAACUGCCAUGAAAGGCUUCGGCACUGAUGAACAAGCAAUAAUUGACAUUCUCUGUGCUCGUUCAAACUCCCAACGUCAAGAAAUCAUCGCCGCCUUUCUCAAAGAGUACGGCAGAGACCUCAUUAAGGACUUAAAAAGUGAAUUGGGAGGCAAAUUCGAAGAUGUCAUAAUCGGCUUGAUGUUGCCCGAAGUUGAUUUCUUGUGUCAAGAGCUCCAUAAGUCGAUGAAAGGUCUCGGAACUGACGAAGAAGCCUUGAUCGAGAUCAUUUGCCCGCGCACGAAUGACGAAAUGAAGCAAAUUGUCGCGAAAUAUGAAGACAUGUACAAUCGCCCGCUUGCCCAACACAUUUGCUCCGAAGUUUCCGGGGACUUUGCUCGCCUUUUGACGUUGAUUGUUACCGGAUGUCGCGAUCCCGCAGGUCAAACUAACCCAGAUCUCGCCAAGGAACAUGCUGAAAAACUCUUUAAUGCGGGCGCCGCAAAGAUGGGAACCGACGAAGAAGUUUUCAAUAAAAUUAUGGCGCAUGAUUCGUUCGCGCAGCUUCGUCUCGUCUUCGAGGAAUACAAAAAUUUGACGGGAAAAACGAUCGAACAAGCUUUGAAAUCCGAGUUGGGAGGCGAUUUGUUGAACGCAAUGUUGGCAAUUGUGGAAUGCGUGCAAUCGCCGCCGGGAUUUUUCGCAAAAAGAUUGCACAAAGCGAUGGAAGGCAUGGGAACGAAUGACUCGACGUUGAUUCGGAUCAUCGUAAGUCGCUGCGAAAUUGACUUGGGAGCCAUUAAGGCAGAGUAUGAACGGUUAUACGACAAAACUUUGUUGAGUGCCGUCAAGAGCGAGUGCUCGGGAGACUAUAAACGUGCCUUGUGUGCAAUCAUUGGGAAUGCAUAAUCGAAUUGAAUUGAAGUUUUUCCACGAAUCUCUAUGAAUUCUCGUAAAAUAUUGCCUUUUUGGCAUUGUGCCAAAGUUAAAUUAACGCUUGAACAAUUUUCCGUACUAAAAAGUUGCUUGUUAGGGCGAUACAAUAAUAGAAAAGUUUUUGGAUUUCACAGAUUUUUUAAAUAUAGGAAAAGAAAAAAGUACAAAUUUUUAAAGAAUUUUUGACAAAGUAAACUUUAGGGUUAAAAAAUAAUUUUUAAGACCUCAAAGUUCAUUUUUAGACCCUGAAUGUUCAUUUCAAAAGCUAAAUGAUGCAUGUUAAGACCUCAACGUUCAUUUUGAGACCCUGAAUGUUCAUUUUAAAAGCUAAAUGAUUCAUUUUAAGACCCUGAAGGUUCAUUUCAAAAGCUAAAAGAUUCAAUUUAAGACCCUGAAUGUUCAAUUUAAAAGCUAAAAAGUUCAUUUUAAGACCUCAACGUUCAUUUUGAGACCCUGAAUGUUCAUUUUAAAAGCUAAAUGAUUCAUGUUAAGACCUCAAAGUUCAUUUUAAGACCCUGAAUGUUCAUUUCAAAAGCUAAGAUGUUCAUUUUAAGACCUCAAAGUUCAUUUUGAGACCCUGAAUGUUCAUUUCAAAAGCUAAGAUGUUCAUUUUAAGACCCUGAAUGUUCAUUUUAAAAGCUAAAAGGUUCAUUUUAAGACCCUGAAUGUUCAUUUCAAAAGCUAAGAUGUUCAUUUUAAGACCUCAAAGUUCAUUUUAAGACCCUGAAUGUUCAUUUCAAAAGCUAAAAGAUUCAUUUUAAGACCCUGAAUGUUCAUUUUAAGACCCUGAAUGUUCAUUUCAAAAGCUAAGAUAUUCAUUUUAAGACCUCAAUGUUCAUUUUAAGACCCUGAAUGUUCAUUUUAAGACCUUAAAGGUUCAUUUUAAGACCCUGAAGGUUCAUUUCAAAAGCUCAUUUAAAGCCACAAAAAUUCAUUUUAAAAGUUAAAAAAAAAUUUCAAGCCUGAGAAUUUUCAAAAAAAUCAAUUAAAAUAAAAUCAAAAAAACAUUUUCAACUUUUGUAUCGUCCUAUGAAUAAAUAUUUACAUUUUUCUAUGAAUAGUUUGAAACAUAAUACAAAUAAAAUAAAGUUA